AUGCUGAGAGGGAGCUGCAGGGACCCCCAGAAGAAGCCACAGGAGACUCAGGACUCAAGACCCAGAAACAUGAGGCUCGCAGGACAAGAGACAGCUGGCCAGCUACAGGUGACCCUGCUGCCCACACCCAACGGCAGUGGGUUGAGCCAGGAGUUUGAAGACCACUGGCCGGAGAUCCCAGAGAGGUCCCCGUGUGUGGCCGGGGUCAUCCCUGUCAUCUACUACAGCGUCCUGCUGGGCCUAGGGCUGCCUGUCAACCUCCUGACCACAGUGGCGCUGGCCCGCCUUGCCGCCAGGACCAGGAAGCCCUCCUACUACUACCUCCUGGCACUCACGGCCUCGGAUAUCGUCACCCAGGUGGUCAUCGUGUUCGUGGGCUUCCUCCUGCAGGGAGCCGUGCUGGCCCGGGAGGUGCCCCAGGCCGUGGUGCGCACAGCCAACAUCCUGGAGUUUGCCGCCAACCACGCCUCAGUCUGGAUUGCUGUCCUGCUCACAAUCGACCGGUACAGCGCCCUGUGCCACCCCCUGCGCCAUCGGGCCACCUCGUCCCCAGGCCGGACCCGCCGGGCCAUUGCCGCUGUCCUCGGUGCUGCCCUGCUGACCGGCAUCCCCUUCUACUGGUGGCUGGACGUGUGGAGGGACGCGGACCCUCCCAGCACACUGGACGAGGUCCUCAAGUGGGCUCACUGCCUCAUCGUCUAUUUCAUCCCUUGUGGCGUUUUCCUGGUCGCCAACUCAGCCAUCGUCUGCCAGCUACGGAGGCGGGGCCAGAGCGGGCCAUGGCCCCGGGUGGGCAAGAGCACCGCCAUCCUCCUGGGCGUCACCACACUCUUCGCCCUCCUUUGGGCACCCCGGAUCUUUGUCAUGCUCUACCACCUGUACGUGGCCCCAGUCUACCGGGAUUGGAGGGUCCACCUGGCCUUGGAUGUGGCCAACAUGGCGGCCAUGCUCAACACCGCAGUCAACUUUGGCCUCUACUCCUUUGUCAGCAAGACUUUCCGGGCCACUGUCCGAGAGGUCAUCCAUGACGCCCACCUGCCCUGCAUCCUGGGGUCACGGCCAGUGGGCACAGUGGCGGAGCCUGUGCUGAAGCCUCCAGGACUCCCCAAAGGGGCAGAAUUGUAG